UCUGAGUCUGGUGGUGUGUGAUAGUUUCGCGCCUAAAGUUUACAAGAAAGUUUGGUAAGAAAUUACGGUUUUGUUGAAAUAAUGACACUUUUGUUUUUAAAAUGUACAUUAACGAUAUAAUCAAUGACUUCUACAAGAAAAUUAUAGGCAAGAAAGUUCUGGUCCUUGCAAAUUGCGACGUUGAUUCUGUAUGUUCCUGCAAAAUCCUCCAAUGGCUUUUCCAAUGUGACAGCAUCGUCUACACAUUAAUUCCUGUUCAAGGUAUUCAGCACAUGAUAACAGCAUUUGAAGAGCAUGCUUCAGAUGUAAAGCUGGUGAUUCUUGUAAAUUGUGGAGGUACUCUGGACCUUCUAGAAGUAUUGCAGCCUGAACAGGAUGUGGUGUUCUACAUAAUCGACAGUCACCGGCCGUCAGAUGUUUGCAACAUUUAUAACAAUGAGCAGAUAUACAUCGUACAGAAACCUGGGGAUGAAGAGGUGAUUCCCGAUUUUGAUGACAUAUUCGGGAAUGAUGAUUUGGAUGAUGAGGAUGGCAGCGAACGGGAGGGGGACAGUGAUGAUGAGGGUGAGUCACGUGCUGCCAAGCGUCAGAGAUUGAACGAGUCAGCCAUACUCCGCAGGCGUGAGCGCAGGCUCUGGGAGGACAAACGGAACCGACUGAUGUUCGACUACACGCAGUUCACCUACUAUGGGAGAUCAAGUGCCAUUGUAUUGUAUGAGUUGGCGUGGAGGUUGUCCAAAGACAAUAUCGAUGUCUUGUGGUGGGGAAUUGUGGGGGUGACGGCACAACUAGUGCUGGGCCAGACGACCACAGAACGGUACCAAGAGGAGAUAGAGAACAUUACACUACACAUUGGACGACUGUGCCCCAGCGUAGCGGACGAUGACAACGCCAGUCUACACUCGGCCAGCACAGCGCAUGCCACUGCACAGUACACCACGGCCACUCGCAUCAGUAGUGAGAAGGAUCUAGCACUAGCCCUCUACCGACAUUGGACUGUAGAACAGAGUCUGAGACACUCCAUGUUCACGGCUGUCAGACUCAAGCUAUGGACAGUUCGUGGAGAGAAGAGGCUACAACAGCUGUUGGCAGAGAUGGGCCUACCCCUCGUGGAGAGCAAGCAGAUGUUUGUGGCAAUGGACCUUUCUUUGCGUCGACAGUUCCACGACAUGAUGAACAAGAUGGCCGACAGCCAUCAACUGGACAAUGUUGUAUUCCAGUCGUUCACUCUCCAUCACGGCUGUCGACACAAGUACCAGGCCACAGACUGUGUGUACGCCAUAGUGGCACUCUUCAACCCUUCAGAUAAGGAAAUAAAGUACAAUGAUUGUUUCCGAGAUGCUCUCGCAUCUUUGUCAAGGCAGCAUCGGACGUUGCUAGAGGAGGGGAUAGAAAGGGCAAAGAAGCUCUUGACAGUCAUCUACAGGCAGACACACAAUGCUUUGGAUAUGAAACAGAUCAUUUCUGCUGGGCCCUUCCUCUACAUGGUCAUACAAGAGGGAAGCCUAGAUGCGAGGUAUUACAGUGAACCAACGUGUCUGGGCAUGUUGGCCUAUAUUGCACUGAGAUCGUAUGUAGCCUCGUCCCGCAAGAGGGCUGCUGGACUCCCGCUGGUGGUCUCUGCUCCCUUAACUGCCACACCUGAGGAGUGUAUUGUCCUUGGUGUGCCUCCAGUAGCUGAGGCUAUACCUCGCAAUUUUUUUGGGAAGGCUUUUGAACAGGCAGCGGAAAAGACAAACUCCCGGAUAGACAUGGAUUAUUUUGACUCAUCAGUCAUCCGGAUGAAAACAGAAGAUCGGCCAAAGUUUUUCGAUGCGCUCACUGCGCUCCUGAGUUGACAUAAGUACUCAAGUGAUUCUGUGUAUAAAUAUUGUAUAUAAUUUUAGUUCUUGCCUAGAUUUUACUUAGAGUAAUGAAUUAUGUGAAUUCUGAUUAAUAGUGAUAAAUCUGGUUAAGGAGUGUUUAUUGUUCGUUUAUAUGCUGUUUUACCUAUAAAUUUUUAUGAUUUUAAAUCAUUUCUUUUUCCACCGAUGUUCAAACAUACUCAGUUUAUUUUGUUAGUUUAAGUCAGUUUUUUAUGGCUAGAAAUGUGCACUUAAGUGUUCGUAAUUAUUGUUUUAAUAAAUUUUUACUGACUAUUGUAAA